AUGUCGGCCAACCCAGGAACCCUAAGGGGCACACCCAGCCGCGGCCAGGGACGUGGCGGAAUCCCCUUCACCAACAGCCCUGCUGCAGGCUCUGGCAUCCCUCGACCCGUCCUCGAGACCACCCACAGCAGCCAUGCCGGCCCUACUAGCGAAGUCGGCGGUUCGACCGUCAGCGCCAGCCGGCAAAAGCAGAGCAAAAGAGAUGAGGCCAUCCGCCGAAAGCUGGAGAGCGACCUCUCCAAGAAGAAGCACCUCCAAGGCCGGGCCCGUCAAUCCCGCAAGGCCCCUCCCGGAACCGUCCUUGCCCUGAAGCCCAGCCCCGCCCUCCAGAUCAAGCCGCAAACCACCGUUGCCGAGGCUGCACAAUUGAUGGCCGCGAAGAGGGAGGACUGCGUGCUGGUCACCGACGAUGACGACCGAAUUGCCGGUAUCUUCACCGCAAAGGACUUGGCCUUCCGCGUGGUUGGAGCCGGCCAGAAGCCGAGCAGCGUCACCAUCGCCGAGAUCAUGACCAAGAACCCGCUGUGUGCCCGCACCGACACGAGCGCCACCGACGCCCUCGAUCUCAUGGUCCGCAAGGGCUUUAGACAUCUUCCUGUUAUGGACGAGAACCAGGACAUCUCUGGCAUUCUGGAUAUCACCAAGUGCUUCUACGAUGCCAUGGAGAAGUUGGAGAGGGCCUACUCGUCGUCGCGAAAGCUCUACGAUGCGCUGGAGGGUGUCCAGUCUGAGCUGGGCACAAGCCAGCCCCAGCAGAUCAUCCAGUAUGUGGAGGCUCUCCGGUCCAAGAUGUCCGGUCCUACUCUCGAGUCUGUCCUGGACGGCCGACCGCCCACGACUGUCAGUGUCAGAACACCGGUCAAGGAGGCCGCGCAGCUGAUGAAGGAGAACCACACCACGGCGGUCCUUGUGCAGGACCAGGGCGCUAUCACUGGUAUCUUCACCAGCAAGGAUGUCGUCCUGCGCGUCAUCGCCCCUGGCCUGGACCCGGCCACUUGCAGUGUCGUGCGGGUGAUGACUCCUCAUCCUGAUUUUGCUCCCAUGGAUAUGAGCAUCCAGGCGGCCCUUCGCAAGAUGCACGAUGGUCACUAUCUCAACCUACCAGUCAUGAACGACAACGGCGAGAUCGUUGGCAUGGUCGACGUGCUGAAGCUCACCUACGCCACCCUAGAGCAGAUCAACACCAUGUCGACGGGUGACAGCGAGGGACCCGCAUGGAACAAGUUCUGGCUGUCGUUGGAUCACGAGACCGAGUCGAUGGUCUCGGGCGAUGGUUCUCACCACCACACCAACCUUGGUGCCCGAUCUCUCAUGUCCCCAGACCCGACUAGAGAUCGGACUCUGGACAGUGUUGCUCCCGGCGACUCAGCUUCGCACGCUGGCGUCGAGUCCCCUCCUCACUCUGCGCUGGCUCCGAGCCCCGAGCUCCCACCCAGCGAGAUUCCGUUCCCCUUCAAGUUCAAGGCGCCUUCCGGCCGUGUGCACAGACUUCAGGUCGUUGCAGCUCACGGUAUCGAGGCAUUCAUCGCAAGUGUUUCCUCUAAGCUAGGCUCAGAGAUCGAUGCCAUCGGCGGUACGCCUGUUGUCGAAGAUGACGGACGACUGGGCGCCAGCGGCUACGCCCUCAGUUACCUCGACAACGAGGGAGACACCGUCUCCAUCACGACCGAUCAGGAUCUCCUGGAGGCCAUUCUCCUUGCACGGCAACUCCACCACGACAAGGUCGACCUCUUCGUCCACGACCCGGAGAAGCCGCCCGUCACCGCCCCGCCACCACCCGUUCCCGAGUCCAUCCCCACCCCCCCUGCCUCGUCGGUCCUGCGCGAGCGCCGCAAGGCAUCUGACGAGUCUGACGAGGAAGAGGAGGACGAGGACGAGUCUCCUGUGCGCCGCUCGCGACGCCAGCGCGGCGGCGAUAUGAUGAACCAGCAGGAGCAGCUCAUCGCGGGCGUGCCCAACGAGCUUCUGCUGCCCGGUGCGAUCGUCACUCUUGCGGUGGCGAUCAUUGGCGUGUUCACGAUCUCCAGGCUGUCGAGCAGAUGA